AUGGAUUCGCCGAAAGAUGAGGCCCCCGAGAAAGUGGAGGCGGAAACCACGAACAAGGAACAAAAGGGGGGAGCGAAAAAUGAGAAAAAAUCGGGAAAUGCAAAAAAAAACAGAAGGAAAAAUUCUAUGAGGAAAUCCAAAAAAAAAGGAUCCCUAUCUUCGAAAAAUGGGCAAAAGAAUUACAGAAAAAUGCAAAAGAGCAAUCCUGCCAGUAGCCCCAAUUCAUUGCCCAUUUGUCCUCCACCACCCCCUCCUCCUCCACCUCCACCCCCUAUAACAAGAGAUGGAGAGGACAGCUAUAAAUUCAGGAACGGUUCCAACAUGGGCUUAUUAAACCUAUGCCCAAUUCCUGGAGGCUCCGCUGGUGGGAUGCCCAACCCCAUGUCCAGCUCGAUUCCCCCACCAAAUCAUCCAAUGAUGAACCCACCACCCAGUUACCAUCACAAUAUGAACAUGGGUCCCCCUACCACUGGACCCUUACCUCCCAUGAACGCCAGAAAUGUUCCACACAAUCCGAACAUAAAAACAGCCAAUGUCAAUCUCAGCUGCAGCACUAAUUGUAAUAUGCAAAUGAAUUCUUCCAAUUUUCAGUCAAACAUGUACUACAGUAAUAACUCCAAAAAAAAUUAUAAAGUGAAUAACGUAAUGGAAAAUGAAACUUAUGUGUCAACUCCAACGUUGAGGCCAGCUCCUCAUCACCAAAACAACAGUCCUAUGAGCAUGAAUGUAGAAAAAAGGAACAUGUUGAUGUCCAAUAGUUAUAUGCACCAAAGUGCUAUAUCGAAGCUUCCAACAAACGAAUAUGGCGACGAUAAACAAAUGUACGGGACUUAUCCCAACUCCAUUGAAGAUAGCAGUAUUCCCAAAUAUUAUCAGCCCAGGGCUUUUGGAAGUGAUCCUAAUAUCAAUAUGUGGGGAGGCACCAUGGGCGCGUCCAUCCCAAAUGCCCCAUAUGAUAGCAGCUUAGCGAAUAUGAAGUAUCCCAUGUAUGACCAAAGUUCAGAUAAAAUGAAGUUCAACAAGUACAAAGACAAAAUGGGGAGAAUGUCCAACCAACCCUUUGACAGCAGGCCGCAUAACAUAAUUGUCACGAAUAUUCCGAAAAAUCUUAGUUCCGGAGAAAUUUUGGAAACCUUCAGAUUCAUGGGGAACAUUCUUCGAGCAGAUAUUAUGCUAACCAGCAAGGGCGAGCAUUCAGGCUGCGCAUGCUUAACCUUUCCGGACUUUGAAUCGGCCGCCUUUGCAGCUAGUCGUUAUGAUGGUGGCAUGUUGAACAAUCAGAAAAUAAAAAUGUUUGUAGAGUAA